CCAGAUAAGUAGAACUCCGAUCUGGGCUUUACGUGAGCGAUUGAUUGCUUCUGCCUGAUGACGUAUUUUAGCAGCGUCCGUUGUGGUUUUCCGGCGACGCAGUUGGUGUGCGAUGGCUCCUGUGCGGCCGACUGCAAGGUGGCGGCCAGGGAGCUUGGGGCCGCGUGGUGAAGGAGUUUCUCCGGGCGGACUAAGGAAUAAGAAUGUGAAACAGAGGAGGUGGCGACCUAGCCAUCCACAGGCCUUCGUGGGGAGCGUGCGCGAGGGUCAAGGCUUUGCAUUUCGAAGAAAACUAAAGAUUCAGCAAAAUUACCAGAAAUUGCUGUGGAAGGAAAAGAAGGCUCAAACCUCACAGGAAUCCCAAUUCACAGAUCGAUACCCUGAUCAUCUGAAACAUCUCUAUUUAGCAGAAGAGGAAAGACUCAGGAAGCAACGUAGAAAAGUUGACCAGCCUUUGUCAGAGCAGCAAGUUGACCAGCCGUUGUCUGAAGAACAAGUUGAUCAACCUUUGCCAGAAGAACAGUGUAGCAUUGAUCAGGCAUUGUCUAAAGAACAUUCUAGUAUUCAGCAGCCUCAGCUGGAAGAACAGUGUAGCAUAAGAGUAAACUCCGUUACUAUUCCAAAGAAAAAUAAGAAGAAAACAUCAAAUCAAAAAGCACAGGAAGAAUACGGACGGGUGCAAGCUGAGCGUGCUGCUAAGAAACAAGAAUUUGAGAGGAGAAAACAAGAAAGAGAAGAAGCUCAAAGGCUCUACAAAAAGAAGAAGAUGGAAGUGUUCAAAAUAUUGAGCAAAAAGACUAAAAAGGGCCAACCAAACUUGAAUUUACAAAUGGAGUAUCUUCUUAAAAAAAUACAAGAACAAAAGUAAAUCAGCCGGGUUGUCCUUAAUCAAGGGUUAAAAAAUCUGCUGUCUGUUGAGUUCUUUUGUAUAUGUACUCUACCUCCCAACAGUUUACUAAAUUUGUCAGCAUAAACCAGAUUGCUAAACUGUACUAAAUGGAAAAUGUCCAAAUAUUUUUGUUCUUGUAAAGGAAAAUUUUCUAUAUAUACUCUAUAUAAUAUGAUUUGUCUGUUAUUUAUUUGCCUCUGAAGAAAGGUUGGUCUGAAGAACUGAAAGAACCUUCUAGUUGAGCGACAGGUUCAAGUAUGUAGUACUUUUGUACCAUAUGAAAUUCAGAUGAAAUAAAGUGUUUUGCAAGUAA